GAGACGCAACCUCCCUCUUGUCGUCUUCCACCUCGCACGCACAUGGCGUGAGGCCGUGGUCCUCCCGACGCCACCACCGUACUCAACCACUCCCCCUCCUCCUUUUAACCCCAUUUGCGUGCCUGGAAACCCUAGCCCUUCUCCCUCCCUCGCGCCGCCACCAGAGCCCCUUCCUUCCCUCAUUUUUCUCUUCUGCUUGCACGUUCGAGCACUACCACACCUUCCCCUCCAUGGUACCACCGUUACCGGCCGCCCCUCGACGAACCGAAGACACCAGGAGAUCCGCCUCGUCGAGCUCUACAUCUUGGUGCAAGGAAUCGAGUCAAUACCCCGUAAUUCGAGCGCAAGGUCGCUGUUUCUCCUCCAUGGCCGCCACACUCCGGCGUCGAUUCCGGCCGCCCUCAUCCUCCUCCGGCGAAACCAAGGACACCUCCGGCUUCCUUGUGUUCUCCCGCAUCCCCGACGCCAAGUCCCCCUUCCUGAUUCGCGUUGAAUCGCCGGAUUGAGUCGCCACUGGAUCUUCCCGCCAUGGCUGCUGCUCUCAAGCUCGUCCCCGCCUCCCACUUCUUCUUAUUCCAGUGCACCAGUAAUCCGACAAGAUCUGAUCCGCAGCCCAGUGAUCCGGUGCCUACUGGGCCUCGGCCCGUGUCGCCGCCAGCUUGCUCCCCGCCCAGCGUGCGGCAGGCCCCUAUCCGCUGCUCAGCAUUUGCUUCUUCCCGGAUAGGAUCGCGAAGUGGUGUGGUGAGAUACGACAAGUUCUCCGGAUGUUCCUCGACAAGCUUUAACAGGUAUGAAGAUAUGCUCGAUGAAGACGACGUUAGCAAGGUUACCCUUCCGGCUUGGCCUGGGCAGGGUUAUGGACGCCGCUGAUUAUCUUCAGGACUCUUAGUCCAAUUUGUAUCUUGUCCGUACUCGGAUGUAUUCGAUCUUCUGUAUGAUUCGGAUCUUUGUAUUGUAUAUUUAUAUCUUGACUCGUUGGAGUCGUUGUUGUAA